AGAAAGUGCUAGCUAGAAAAUCUUCUGACCAUGGGUAAGAAGUCCAAGCGCUCAGGACGGCCUGCUGCCAGCCACCCUCCACCUCCAGUACAUGUCCUCCAUAACAAGGAUGUCUGCAAACUCGUGGACGAGCUCUGGGAGAGGACCCAGGCUCUAGAGAGCACCUCCCUACAGUCGCUGUGGGGAGAGCUACAAGCUGUGCAUCACUACACCAAGCAGAUCGUCGGGAAACAAGGACCCUCACCAGCACCCUUGCCGGAGAGGGGGGAGGCUCUGGUUGCCAUGGAGAGCUGGCUGAGGGAGCAGGGUGUCUGCAAUGAGACAGUGGAGAUAGCUAAGUUCCCUGUGGUGGGCUAUGGACUAAAGGCCAAGAGAGAUAUUAAGCAAGAGGAGAAAGUGAUGAUGAUUCCUCGUAAAUUAAUGAUGACACUCACCACUGCCAAAGAGGGUCCACUAGGUGCUCUAAUUGCUCAGGAUCGGAUACUACAGCUCAUGCCCAACGUGACACUAGCAAUGCAUCUUCUCAACGAGCGAUACAGCACCAACUCAUUCUGGAAGCCGUAUAUAGACUCUCUCCCCCACGAAUACACCACACCGUUCUUUUAUCACAAAGAUGAUCUAAAGGAGCUGCAGAGUUCACCUUGUCUCGUCAAGGCGAUUGUGCAGAUACGAAAUGUCUCCAAGCUGUAUGCUCACUUACACCGCCUCGUCAGAACAACGUGUGACCCCUCCCUCCCACUCUUUGAGGCUGGCUUCUUCCUGGAUGACUUUCUAUGGGCUGUGUCUGCCGUCAUGUCUCGACAAAACGAAAUCCCCGAGAAAGCCGACGGUUCCAAUAACGUACUAGCCCUGAUUCCACUCUGGGACCUGUGUAACCAUACCGAGGGUCACAUGUCGACGUUCUAUAACCUGGAGGAGGGGACGUGUGAUUGCUAUGCGCUCGAGGACACGCCCACUGGCGAGGAGUUCCUCAUAUUCUACGGUUCGAGAGCAAAUUACGAUCUGUUGAUUCAUCAGGGAUUUGUAUUUAUGAGAAACAAAUCAGAUGCUCUACAGAUAAGACUAGGCCUGAGCACGGAUGACCUUCACUAUGAUGGGAGGAAGAAGAUACUGGAGAAACUGAACAUACCAAUAGGAGGGGAGUUCAGUGUGUACUGUAUGGAGUGUCCAUUCUCUCAGUCGCUGGUGGCCUUCACUCGAGUGUUCACAGCUACAGCAGAGGAGCUGGAGGGUCUCCUCAUUAUGGACCAGGAGCAGCUGACAGGAACACUCUUCAAUGAUCGAUGGAGUAGAGAUAAUAGAGUACUGAGCUUUCUACUAAUAAGAUGCCAAAUCCUGUUACGGAGCUACACAACCAGUCUAGACCAAGAUGCCCCCCUCCUUGACAAGCUACACACCUUCACACCUUACACACAACUAGCCAUUCAAAUAAGAAUCUGUGAGAAAAGAAUACUACACAAUGCCGUGGCCUACGCCAGAAGAGUGGGGCAACAACUAGAGGCCCUCAAAGUCACUCAGGAGGCAGGAAAAGAUGAGCUGAAGACGUUAGAAGGUCGUGUUGUACCCGCCUCUGUGGAUAGAGUGGGCGUGAGUGAGUCUGGCUUUGUGGGGGGUAUGUUACCAAGUAACGCGGGGGCGGGAGUGGAAUCGUCGACUAAGUGUAAACAAGACAGCAACGAAGCGACCAAUCACCCCACAGCUAUUUCAGAUGGUACAAGUCUGAGUAGUGAUUCAGACGUGCCUCGGCAAGACACUGCAGUCGUGGCUGAGGAGGAUACGAGUUGCUAUAGUAACAGGGACACACUGGGGAUUGAGGAGUUGGUCGUGACUGAUAAAGGGAACCUUGUUGACUAACAGUCAAUUAAUAUAAUUUUCUUUGCAUUUAAUUUCAUGGAUGCAAACAGUCAUAAUUAUUAUGUUCUCACAAUAUAUAAUUGUGCAACAAAAUAUUUAAUUGUUAACUUUUCCUGACCAAUUUCA